UUUAGAAUAGGCUGAGACAAACUAAAUUAAAUAAAUGACAGAAUAAAAUGAUGUUAUCAGUUAUAAGGCAGUUAAGGCCUUUACAUGCAAUAAAUUCGACUGGACAAUUUUUAAGAGUUUCCCAAAUUAAUUGCAUAUUUACUCUUAAGUUCUCAGUAUAUACUGUGCAAAAUGGAAGAACUCAGUGGUCUUACACUAGACCGAAAAAUACUCACAUGCACAUGGACCUUGAAAAGCACUUGAUUGAUGGAAAGUUUUAUCGCAACCAAAAAAAAGGUGGUCGAGGUGAGGAUGGUCGCAUUAAAAUCAGACACAUUGGUGGUGGCCACCAGAGAAAUUGGAGAAUAGUUGACUUAGUACGUGUGCCUCUCUUAAAUGAUGAACAGCCUAAAGUUAUCAAGGAUAGGAUAUUACAAAUUGGAUAUGAUCCUUUUCGUACAGCAAAUAUUGCAAAAGUUGCUGGAAAUGGAAGCAAUAAAACAAAAUUAAUCAUUUGCCCUCAUUUAGCAAAAAUUGGUGAUAUAUUAACUGCUUCGCGUGAGAAACCUGAAUCGUUAGCAAGAAUGAUACCUGGUGAUGCAUAUCCAUUAGAAUAUUUACCUAUAGGUACAAUGGUACACAAUAUUGAAUCAACUCCUGGUGGAGGUGCUAAAUAUGCACGUGCUGCUGGAAUGUAUGCAACAAUUGUUCAAAGAACUCCAGAAAAUCAAAUUGUACUUAAAUUUAAUGGUGGUGCUCGAACUGAAGCUCUUGUAGACAUGAAAUGUUUGGCUGUAAUUGGAAGAGUAUCAAAUAUUGAUAAAAAGAAUGAGAUUAUUGGAAAAGCCGGUAGAAGUAGGUGGCUGAAUCGUCGGCCUAGGGGACAAACUGGAAAAGAUCGAUGGCAUCAUAAGAAAAAAGUUCGAUAAUAGUACUGUUGCAAUAAUAUAUAUAUAUAUAUAUAUAUAUAUAUAUAUA